CGGCAAAGAGGCAGAACUGCAGACCGCUGCCUCAACAUCAAGUCAUCACCCAUGCACCAGAGUAGUGGAUUUCAGCUGUGAAAAUCUGCUGAGAUCCUUGGCCAUUUUAUGCCCCAGCAAUAAGGUGUGUAAGCGGGUGCUCCCAUUACACCAGUGGUAAAGAUGGUGGCCCUAUCGCUGAAGAUAUGCGUCCGGCAGUGCAAUGUAGUCAAGACUAUGCAGUUUGAGCCCUCCACGCCUGUUUAUGACGCCUGCCGAAUAAUCCGAGAAAGGGUCCCAGAGGCUCAGACUGGACAAGCCUCCGACUACGGCCUGUUCCUCUCAGACGAUGACCCGAGGAAAGGAAUCUGGUUGGAAUCGGGCCGAACACUGGAUUACUACAUGCUGCGGAAUGGGGAUGUGCUGGAGUACAAGAAGAAACAGAGGCCGCAGAAGAUCAAAAUGCUGGACGGUGCGGUGAAAACCAUCAUGGUGGACGACUCCAAGACCGUGGGAGAGCUGCUGGUCACUAUAUGCAGUAGAAUAGGAAUAACCAACUAUGAGGAGUACUCCCUGAUCCAGGAGCAGGUGGAGGAGAAGAAGGAGGAUGGCAUGGGCACGCUGAAGAAGGACCGCACGCUGCUGCGCGACGAGAGGAAGAUGGAGAAGCUCAAAGCCAAGCUGCACACAGACGACGACCUGAACUGGCUGGACCACAGCCGAACGUUCCGUGAGCAGGGCGUAGAGGAGAGCGAGACCCUGCUGCUGCGCAGGAAGUUCUUCUACUCGGACCAGAACGUGGACUCCAGAGACCCGGUCCAGCUCAAUCUGCUCUACGUCCAGGCCCGCGACGACAUCCUGAACGGCUCCCACCCCGUGUCCUUCGACAAGGCCUGCGAGUUCGCUGGGAUCCAGGCGCAGAUCCAGUUUGGGCCACACGUGGAGCACAAACACAAGCCUGGAUUCCUCGACCUGAAGGAGUUUCUGCCCAAGGAGUACAUCAAGCAGAGGGGCUCAGAGAAGAGGAUCUUUCAGGACCACAAGAGCUGUGGCGAGAUGACCGAGAUCGAGGCCAAAGUGAAGUACGUGAAACUGGCCCGAUCUCUACGGACGUAUGGAGUCUCGUUCUUUCUGGUGAAGGAAAAAAUGAAGAGCAAGAAUAAGCUGGUCCCGCGCUUGCUGGGUAUUACCAAAGAGUCAGUCAUGCGGGUGGACGAGAAGACCAAAGACGUGGUCCAGGAGUGGCCCCUCACCACUGUAAAGAGAUGGGCGGCCUCCCCCAAGAGCUUCACCUUGGACUUCGGGGAGUAUCAGGAGAGUUAUUACUCGGUCCAGACUACAGAAGGCGAGCAGAUCUCCCAGCUGAUUGCCGGAUACAUCGACAUCAUCCUCAAAAAAAAGCAGAGUAAGGAUCGCUUCGGCUUGGACGGCGAUGAGGAGUCCACCAUGUUGGAAGAAUCGGUCUCCCCAAAGAAGUCCACCAUCCUGCAGCAGCAGUUUAACCGGGUGGGGCGGGUGGAGCACGGCUCAGUGGCCCUGCCCGGCAUCAUGCGCUCGGGCUCCGUUGGAGGGCCCGACACCUUCAACAUGGGCACCAUGCCCUCUGCCCAGCAGCAGAUCACCACGGGCCAGAUGCACCGUGGGCACAUGCCCCCGCUGAGCCUGGCCCAGCAGGCCCUCAUGGGCACCAUCAACAGCAGCAUGCAGGCGGUGCAGCAGGCCCAGGCAGAUCUGGGGGAGGUGGACGACCUCCCACCUCUGGGGCAGGACAUGGCAUCCCGCGUUUGGGUCCAGAACAAAGUAGACGAGUCCAAGCAUGAGAUCCACUCUCAAGUCGACGCCAUCACCGCCGGAACCGCAUCUGUUGUCAAUCUCACGGCAGGUGACCCCACGGACACAGACUACACAGCCGUGGGCUGCGCAAUCACCACCAUAUCCUCCAACCUGACAGAGAUGUCCAAGGGGGUCAAGCUCCUGGCCGCCCUGAUGGACGACGAGGUGGGCAGCGGGCAGAACCUGAUGGGUGCUGCCAGGACUCUUGCCGGGGCCGUGUCGGACCUGCUCAAGGCCGUGGAGCCGGCCUCCGGAGAGCCCAGGCAGACCGUGUUGACGGCCGCAGGAAGCAUUGGCCAGGCCAGCGGAGACCUGCUGCGGCAGAUGGGAGAAGGGGAGACCGACGACCGAUUCCAGGAAGUGCUGAUGAACCUGGCCAAAGCGGUGGCCAACGCAGCUGCCAUGCUCGUGCUCAAGGCCAAGAAUGUGGCGCAGGUGGCCGAGGACCCCGUCCUGCAGAACCGUGUGAUUGCUGCGGCAACGCAGUGUGCCCUGUCCACUUCUCAACUGGUCGCCUGCACCAAGGUGGUCAGUCCCACCAUCAGCUCUCCGGUGUGCCAGGAGCAGCUGGUGGAGGCGGGCCGGCUGGUGGAGCGUUCGGUGGAGGGCUGUGUCAAGGCCUGCCACUCCGCCACAGACGAGGGUGACCUCCUCAAACAGGUGAGUGCGGCAGCGGGCACGGUGAGCCAGGCCCUCAGCGACCUCCUGCAGCAUGUGCGCCACUAUGCCAGCUGUGGCGAGCCCAUCGGACGCUACGACCAGGCCACAGACACCAUCAUGACGGUCACUGAGAGUAUCUUCACCUCCAUGGGCGACGCAGGUGAAAUGGUGCGUCAGGCUCGCGUCCUGGCCCAAGCCACCUCGGAUCUGGUGAACGCCAUGCGCUCAGACGCGGAGGCCGAGAUCGACGUGGACAAUUCCAAGAAGCUGCUGGCAGCCGCCAAGCUGCUAGCCGACGCCACGGCCAGGAUGGUGGAGGCAGCCAAGGGUGCUGCAGCAAACCCGGAGAAUGAGGACCAACAGCAGAGGUUGCGAGAGGCGGCUGAGGGCCUGAGAGUGGCCACCAACGCCGCUGCCCAGAACGCCAUCAAGAAGAAACUCGUCAACCGACUGGAAAACGCGGCUAAGCAGGCUGCAGCUGCGGCCACUCAGACCAUCGCAGCCUCCCAGAAUGCUGCAGCCUCCAACAAAAACACUGUCUCCCAUCAGCAGCUGGUGCUCAGCUGCAAGGCAGUAGCAGACCACAUCCCCCAGCUGGUUCAGGGCAUGAGGAGUAGCCAAGCUCAGCCAGAGGACUUGGGUGCCCAGCUCAGCCUCAUUAUCGCCAGCCAAAACUUCCUGCAGCCUGGCAGUAAAAUGGUGGCAUCGGCUAAGUCGGCGGUGCCCACAGUGACUGACCAGGCGGCCGCCAUGCAACUGGGCCAGUGUGCCAAGAACCUGGCCACCUGCUUGGCUGAGCUCCGCACCGCGGCACAGAAGGCGCAUGAAGCCUGCGGACCACUGGAGAUCGACUCGGCUCUCAACACCGUCCAGACGCUGAAGAACGAGCUGCAGGAUGCCAAGAAGUCCGCGAUGGAGGGACAGCUCAAGCCACUGCCUGGAGAAUCGCUGGAGAAGUGUGCCCAGGACCUCGGCAGCACGUCCAAAGCAGUCGGGUCCUCCAUGGCGCAGCUCCUGACCUGUGCUGCCCAGGGCAAUGAACACUACACAGGUGUGGCAGCCAGGGAGACGGCCCAGGCACUGAAGACUCUGGCCCAGGCAGCACGAGGGGUGGCGGCCUGCUCUGUGGAGCCCCAGUCCGCUGCGGCCAUGUUGGAUUCGGCCGGCCACGUCAUGGAGGGGUCGGCCAUGCUGAUCAACGAGGCCCAUGAGGCCCUGAUCUCCCCGGGAGACGCGGAGUCUCAGCAGAGACUGGCACAGGUUGCAAAGGCGGUUUCCCAUUCUCUUAAUAACUGUGUAAACUGCCUCCCUGGUCAGAAGGAUGUUGACAUGGCCCUCAGGAGUAUUGGAGAGGCCAGCAAGAAGCUGCAAGUAGACAAUCUCCCUCCAUGCUCCAAGUCCUUCCAGGAGGCACAGAGUGACCUGAACCACACGGCCGCCGAGCUCAACCACUCGGCUGGAGAGGUGGUCCACUCCUCCCGCGGCACCAGCAGACAGCUGUCGGAGGCUUCCGGAAAGUUCAGUGAGGACUUUGAUGAGUUCCUGGAUGCCGGCAUAGAGAUGGCCGGACAUACGCAGAGGAAAGACGACCAGAUCCAAGUCAUUAGCAAUCUGAAGAACAUCUCCAUGGCCUCCAGCAAGCUGCUGCUAGCUGCCAAGUCCCUCUCUGUGGACCCGGGAGCUGCCAACGCCAAGAACCUUCUCGCAGCUGCAGCCAGAGCGGUGACCGAGAGCAUCAACCAGCUCAUCACCUUGUGCACGCAGCAGGCGCCGGGCCAGAAGGAGUGUGACAACGCCCUGCGGGAGCUGGAGGCGGUGAGAGGCCUGCUAGACACUCCCAACGAACCGGUCAGCGAUCUCUCAUACUUCGACUGCAUCGAGAGCGUCAUGGAAAACUCCAAGGUCCUUGGGGAGUCCAUGGCGGGCAUCUCCCAGAACUGCAAGACGGGAGACGUGCCGGCAUUUGGCGAGAGCGUUGGGGUGGCGUCCAAAGCCCUGUGUGGGCUGACUGAGGCAGCAGGACAGGCCUCCUAUCUGGUUGGAGUGUCCGACCCCAACAGCCACUCAGGCCACCAAGGGCUAGUGGACCCCAUCCAGUUUGCCAGAGCCAACCAGGCCAUUCAGAUGGCCUGUCAGAACCUGGUUGAUCCAGCCAGUAGCCCCUCUCAGGUCCUGUCUGCGGCCACAAUCGUAGCCAAGCACACAUCAGCCCUGUGCAACGCGUGUCGCCUGGCUUCCUCGAAGACAGCCAACCCUGUGGCCCGCAGGCAGUUCGUCCAGUCGGCCAAAGAGGUGGCCAACACCACCGCUAACCUGGUCAAAACCAUUAAGGCCUUGGACGGGGAUUUCUCCAACGAGAACCGUGAGCGGUGCCGCGUGGCUACUACCCCGCUCAUCGAGGCUGUGGAGAAUCUGUCCACGUUUGCGUCCAACCCCGAGUUCGCCAGCAUUCCUGCCCAGAUAAGCAAUGAGGGCUCGGCAGCUCAGGAGCCAAUCCUGCGCUCAGCUCGCUCCAUGCUGGACAGCUCCACGUGGCUGCUGGAGACUGCCCGCUCGCUCAUCCUCAACCCCAAGGACCCGCCCACCUGGUCGGUGCUGGCCGGACACUCCCGCACUGUGUCCGACUCCAUCAAAGGCCUCAUCACCGCCAUCAGGGACAAGGCUCCAGGGCAGAGGGAGUGUGACCACUCCAUUGACGGCAUCAACAAGUGCAUCAGGGACAUCGAGCAGGCGUCUCUGGCCGCUGUUGGCCAGAGCUUACCCAGCAGGGAUGACAUCUCUCUGGAGGCCCUGCAGGAGCAGCUGACGUCUGCCGUGCAGGAGAUUGGCCACCUCAUCGACCCCGUCUCUACGGCAGCCAGAGGAGAAGCCGCCCAGCUGGGCCACAAGGUGACCCAGCUGGCCAGCUAUUUUGAGCCCCUCAUCAUGGCAUCUGUCGGGCUGGCGUCGAAGCUGAUGGACCACCAGCAGCAGAUGAACAUCCUGGACCAGACCAAGACCCUGUCGGAGUCCGCCCUGCAGAUGCUCUACGCUGCCAAGGAGGGAGGGGGCAACCCCAAGGCGGCCCACACUCAUGACGCCAUUGCCGAGGCGGCCCAGCUGAUGAAGGAGGCGGUGGAUGACAUCAUGGUGACCCUGAACGACGCAGCCAGUGAAGGGGGCAUGGUGGGAGGGAUGGUGGAGUCCAUCGCCGAGGCCAUGGGCCGGUUGGAUGAAGGAACUCCCCCUGAGCCCGACGGCACGUUUGUGGACUACCAGACGACCAUGGUGAAAUACUCUAAAGGCAUCGCCAUCACCGCACAAGAGAUGAUGACCAAGUCGGUGACCUGUCCAGACGAGCUGGGUGGCCUGGCGUCUCAGGUGACGGUGGACUACAGCCAGCUCGCCCACCAGGGCCGCCUCGCUGCCGCCACUGCUGAGCCCGAGGAGGUGGGUGGUCAGAUUAAGUCGCGUGUCCAGGAGCUGGGUCACGGUUGUAUCUUCCUGGUCCAGAAGGCCGGGGCGCUGCAGAUCAGCCCCACGGACAGCUUCACCAAGAGGGAGCUGAUCGAGUGUGCCCGCACAGUCACCGAGAAGGUGUCUAUGGUCCUCUCUGCCCUUCAGGCUGGUAAUAAGGGUACGCAGGCCUGCAUCACAGCCGCCAGCUCUGUGUCUGGCAUCAUCGCAGACCUCGACACUACCAUCAUGUUCGCCUCAGCCGGAACGCUCAACUCUGAAAACGAGGAAUCCUUCGCUGACCAUAGGGAGAGCAUCCUGAAGACGGCCAAGGCCCUGGUGGAGGACACUAAGAUGCUGGUGGCAGGAGCGGCCUCCAGCCAAGAGAAGCUGGCCCAGGCCGCACAGUCGUCGGCCAAGACGAUCACCCAGCUCACCGAGGUGGUCAAGCUCGGGGCAACCAGCAUGGGCUCCGACGACCCAGAGACACAGGUCGUGCUCAUAAAUGCAGUGAGGGAUGUGGCCAAGGCACUGGCCGAGCUCAUCGGUGCCACCAAGUGUGCCGCAGGCAAGCCAGCUGAUGACCCCUCCAUGUACCAGUUGAAGAGCGCUGCCAAAGUGAUGGUGACAAAUGUGACGUCUCUGCUGAAGACGGUGAAGGCUGUCGAGGACGAAGCCACACGAGGGACCAGAGCCCUGGAGGCCACCAUCGAGUGCAUCAAACAAGAACUGACUGUCUUCCAGUCCAAGGACGUUCCGGAGAAGUCCACCACCCCCGAGGAGUUCAUCCGCAUGACCAAGGGCAUCACCACGGCGACGGCCAAGGCCGUUGCUGCGGGCAACUCGGCCCAGCAGGAGGAUGUGAUUGCCACUGCCAACCUGAGCCGUAAAGCCAUCGCCGACAUGCUGACCACCUGCAAGCAAGCUGCAUAUCACCCAGAGGUGAGCGAGGAUGUAAGGAACAAGGCUCUGCUCUAUGGUAUUGAGUGCACUACAGGAUACGUGGACCUGCUGGAGCAUGUCCUCCUGGUCCUGCAGAAGCCCACGGCCGAGCAGAAGCAGCAGUUGGCUGUGUUCUCUAAGCGAGUGGCCGGCUCUGUCACAGAACUCAUUCAGACCGCAGAAGCCAUGAAAGACGGGGCCCCGUCCUAUAGGAGUUCAUGGUGGAGGAGUAUGCAAGGAACCGAGUGGGUGGACCCCGAAGACCCCACCGUCAUCGCCGAGACCGAGCUGUUGGGCGCAGCGGCAUCCAUCGAAGCUGCCGCCAAGAAGCUGGAGCAGCUGAAGCCGAGAGCCAAACCGAAGCAAGCAGAUGAGUCUCUGGAUUUUGAGGAGCAGAUAUUGGAGGCAGCUAAAUCCAUUGCCGCGGCAACAAGCGCCCUGGUGAAAUCUGCCUCUGCUGCUCAGAGGGAGCUGGUGGCACAGGGCAAGGUGGGCUCCAUCCUUGGCAAUGCUGUUGAUGAUGGCCAGUGGUCCCAGGGUCUCAUAUCAGCCGCUCGAAUGGUAGCGGCGGCCACCAGUAACCUGUGCGAGGCAGCGAACGCGUCAGUGCAGGGCCAUGCCAGCGAGGAGAAGCUCAUCUCCUCCGCCAAGCAGGUGGCCGCCUCCACCGCCCAGCUCCUGGUGGCUUGCAAGGUCAAGGCUGACCAGGACUCAGAGGCCAUGAGGAGAUUACAGGCUGCUGGGAAUGCAGUGAAGCGAGCGUCUGACAACCUGGUGAAGGCAGCCCAGAAGGCAGCCUUCGACAAACCCGAUGACGACAACGUGGUGGUCAAGACCAAAUUCGUGGGUGGCAUAGCCCAGAUCAUCGCGGCGCAGGAGGAGAUGCUGCGUAAGGAGCGUGAGCUGGAGGAGGCCCGUAAAAAGCUGGCCCAGAUCCGCCAGCAGCAGUACAAGUUCCUGCCCAGCGAAGCAAGUGCUGAGGGCUAG